AUGGUGUACUACUUCUCCUCCAACACCGUGACGCCAUCAGCGUUCAUUUAUGUAGGCAAAGACAAGGUUGAAAACGAAGAACUGAUAAAAUACGGCUGGGACGAAGACGUUUGGUUCCACGUCGACAACCUCUCUUCUGCACAUAUCUACGUCCGGUUGCCGGAGGGCGAGACGUGGGACAAGAUUAGCGAGCCACUGUUGAUUGACUGCGCACAGUUGACCAAGGCGAACAGUAUUGAAGGUAACAAAAAGGACAAUAUCACAGUCAUCUAUACGCCAUGGUCGAACUUGAAGAAGGACGGAAGUAUGGCCGUUGGUCAGGUUGGAUUCAAGAACAAUAAGUUGGUGAAACGCAUACAUGUGGUAGCGCGUGAGAACCCCAUCGUCAACCGACUCAACAAGACCAAGGUUGAGAAGUUCCCUGAUCUGAGGGAAGAAAAAGAGGUCCGUCUUCGUGAGCUUAGGAAGAAGGAUCAGGGCGCGCGGGAUGCAAGACGCAAGGAGGAAGCACGAAUCGCGAAAGAACGCAAGGAGCUUGCCUGGCAGCGAGAUCACGCCUACGAUGACAUCAUGUCUGAAGAGAACCUUGCAGCGUCAAGCAACCAGGACCGCGACGAGGACUUCCUUGAUGACUUCAUGUAG